AGCUCAACAGAAGAGCAAUCCAAACCCAUCGAUCAGGAGCAAGAACAGGACACCUAUACAGAUUCUUCCCUUGAAUUUUGGAUUUCUGAGGUUGAAAAUGUCUACAGCAUUAGAGGUGACGGGAUACUUCAUGUGUUUGAUCGGCUGGGUUCUUACUGGCCUCGCUGUGGCAAAUGAUUACUGGAAGAUUUCUAGUAUUCAAGGCAAUGUGAUUGUUUCCAAUCGCCUCUAUGAGAACUUGUGGCACGCUUGUGGAGAGGACAGCACUGGAAAAGCCAACUGUCAAGACUUUCAAUCCAUGCUAGCUUUGCCAGUUCACAUUCAGGCUUGCCGGGCGUUAGUGAUCAUUGCCCUGCUCCUGGGGCUGGUUGGUUUAGUUUUAUCUACAAUGGGGCUGAACUGCAUUAAGAUUGGCUCAAAAACAGAUGAAUCAAAAGGCAAGAAUAUGUUCAUCGGUGGCAUUAUCUACCUGAUAGGAGGUCUUUGCACUAUGGUGGGUGUAUCUUGGUACGCUGCACGUGUUGUGCAAGAAUUCAAUGACCCAUUCUAUGGGGGUGUCAGGUUUGAGCUGGGCUCCGGGCUCUACAUCGGCUGGGCUGGAGCAGCGCUAUGCAUGUUGGGUGGUGGUUUCCAGUGCAGUGCCUAUCAAAGGUUCUCCAAAUCAAAAGAAAAAGGGGCAUACUACCCAGCUGGUAAACCACAGACCAUCUAUACCACAGCUCAAUCGAACGCAGAAACAUCCAAAGCCUACGUCUAAGAUUUCCCAUUUUAACAAGGCUGAACUGUUGUUACGUUGAUGUUUGUUUAACUCCAUUAUGUUUUUGCUACUUUUUUCAGUUAGUUAGGACUAUGUUGUGUUCACCAUAAUUGUAAAAAGUAAAUCAAUUUUCAUGGAUGCGGCACGUGCUGAAUAAAAUAUGCCCUCUGAUUCAAUA